GUCAAGAUGUUUUUGUAUAAAUACCGCCAGUUUAAAUAUAUCGGGCAUUGGUAUUGUAACCGUUGUAACGAGCAUUACAAGUGUUUUCUUAUAUAACGUCAUUUUCACCGCCACCCUGGUAAUCCACCUUCUAUACUUCAGAAGUGGGAUAAUGUCUGGCCCAUAUAUCGACGGACUUGGUACGAAGAAACGGAGACGCUGCGAGAACGCUGUACUCGACAGCGACGAAUCAUCAAGUUUUUUUUUCUUCAUCCGAUGACGAAGAGAUCUUGGAGAAACACAGGCGAUAUAAGAAGCGGCGUGUCACCCAAACCGAUGCGUAGGUUAUUCCAACGUUCCGACCGGAUGAAAAAUCUAGCAACGUCAAGGGAUGGUUGCAUAAGAUCGACCAAUUGGGCGACGUGUACGGAUGGGACAACAAAGAUCGACAGUUCAUCAUGCAGAUACGUCUUCGAGGGUCGGCUAGAGACUGUGCAGUACACCACAGCAACUAUACUACGGCCAGCCAUCCGCGACCGACUACCACGUGGCGAAGAGCGGACGCCGUUGCUACAAUUGCAAGAGGGAGUGACUUUCAACCGAAGAAAUGUUACGCCUGUCGAAGAGAAGGUCAUGAAGCAAAGGACUGCAAGGUGCCACGCUGCGAGGUGUUCCAUCGCCCGGGUCACACGUCUGCCAGCUGCUGGCAUGCGGCCAGCUUUUCACACCAAAAAGUGCCGUACAGCAGCGACAAACCAGGCGCCAAUAGCAGCGCUGAUCGCCGUGGGACACGGCAUACACAGGAUGGCCGAAUGUUAUCAAUUAAUACUUCCGGUCCUGCAUAUACGGCUAGUUCGGGUACAUCUUGAUGAUUAUUUAUAAGUAUAGAUUAAAACUUCUGUUUAACAAUUUAAUUAGUAAUUUCAUAAUCAAAUAAAUAGUUGAUUCAUAUUUGUUUAUACUUGGAACAUUUUAUUAUAUAUUAUUCUAUUUAUUAAUGGCGCCUUCUGCUUGUCAGCUUCCGGCGCAAUUAAUAAAUAGUGCUUAUUGUUUAUUUAUAUUUUCUCAA